AUGUUGUUUUCGCCGCACGCGCACGCGUGCUCGUUCAGUUGUCGUCGUGUUGGAUGUUUUAUCGAUGGGAAUGGAACAAUUUUUGAUAUGGAACGCUGCCGAUGCCGUCAUCGCCUGUCUGGCGGAAAUCAUCGCAUCCGCCGCUCAGCGCAAGCGGUUCAGCGGUGUCCGCUACUGUGUCGACAGUCGCUGAAGCACCACCGUUGUUGAUGUCCAGCUCGUCUUGCGAAACAGAUGAGACAGACACGCGCACAACGCCGUCACCAUCUUCGUCCACUCGUAAUGGAGAGAGACCAGUUUCUCCAGGUGUCUAUCAAAGGUUGAUUUGCCACUCUGAAGAUAUGCAAAGUCUUAUCCGAACGAUUACAAACGAAGCAAGGAAUCUAAUACAUGCAGAAACAUGUUCAUUAUUUUUGUUGGACAACGAAAACAAAGAGCUGGUGGCGAAUGUAUUCGACAAAGCCGGUGACCUUACAGAAAUUAGAAUUCCAAUGACUAUGGGAGUCGUAGGACGUGUGGCAACUACACGAACAAUGAUGAAUGUGCGCGAUGUACAGAGAUGCCCUUUCUUUUACGCACGCGUUGAUCAGCUGACAGGUUUCCACACUCAAAACAUCCUCUGCUUCCCCAUCAUUGAUAACUCAGGAACAUUUGUCGGAGUUGCGGAACUUUGCAACAAAGCGGGAAGGACUGGCUUUACUCGACACGACGAACAGAAAGCUCGCACAUUCGCGGUAUAUUGCGCGACUAGCAUAUCACACUGUCUGCUCUAUCGAAAAGUGCAGGAGGCUCAACGCCGCUCGCAUAUGGCCGCUGAGCUGUUGGUGCAAGGGUCACAGUUGCUUAUAUCAGAAGAAGAUGUACGCAAACUCACAGAUGAAACGAUCAAGGAGUGGAGGCAUUGGAGCCCGGAUUUUGAUCGGUUUACAUUUUCCCCUCGAUCCAUUGGGGACUAUGAUGCCUACAUGUCUGCUUCGAUGACUAUGUUCAAUGAUCUUGGCUUCACCGAGCGCUAUAGGAUAAAUAAGCGAAAGUUGGCAUCAUUUCUACUACGAGUCGCUCGAGGAUACCGCGAGGUUCCAUACCAUAACUGGUCUCAUGCUUUCUCCGUAGCACACUUUUGCUGGAUUGCUCUACGAACACCAGCUGUAUUGCAUGGUUUGGAUGAACUAGAGCGAUUAGCGCUCUUGAUUGCAUGUCUCUGUCAUGAUAUUGACCAUCGCGGCACAACAAAUGCUUUCCAGCUUCAAUCGAAAACACCUCUUGCUCAACUGUACAGUAGCGAAGGAAGCGUUCUGGAGAGGCAUCAUUAUGCACAGACUGUGCAAAUCUUGCAGAUGAAAGAAUGCAACAUUCUUGAUCAGCUAACGCGAACGCAAUAUCAAACUGUGCUAAGCCAUAUACGCGAUGUAAUCUUAGCUACUGAUAUCGCGGUUCACUUAGGAAAAGUUGGCAGAAUCAAAGCCAUGGUCGAUCAAGGCUACGAUCCAAUGUCUCGUGAUCACCACUAUUUAUUCAUGUGUUUACUUAUGACAUCCAGUGAUCUUUCUGAUCAGUCAAAGGACUUCCGUAAUUCCAAAGCUAUCGCGGAGAAUAUCUACAAAGAAUUUUUCUCACAAGGUGAUCUUGAGAAGCAGAUGGGUAAUAGUCCCAUGGAAAUGAUGGACCGCGACCGCGCAGCAGUGCCCAAGAUUCAGCUCGACUUCAUGGAUACUGUAGCUGUUCCUGUCUUCGAAAUGGUGGCCAAAUUAGUGCCAGAAGGCACGUCAACAUUCGAGGCGAUCACAAUGAAUAGACAGUGUUGGGCUGCUCUUGAUGAAAUCCUAGUUGAACAAGGUAAACUGCCUGCGGUGACUAUCAAAGCCAGGUCGUGUGGAUAUCACUCACAUCGCAUCUCCUUUCAUAUCAAUUUAUUGACUUCAAUCAUCGAUCACCCCGAUCUUCAAAUGUGCAGUAGCGUCGUCGAUGAGCCUUGCUCGAAGAGGGAGAAGACCGGAUACAAAAGUGUUCAUUAUUUUAUGGUGCCAAAAUUGGCGCAGGCGUGCGGGGUGGCCGCAGCGGAUCCGGAUCCGACGCUGCAAGCUAGACUGCACAUUGUUGCUUAG